GUUUGAACUUUUCACCGCGUCGGACGAAAGUCUGUCGAUCACAUUGCAGUCUCACUUUCGAAGCCAUUACACGAAAACGUCGUCGACGUCUUCAGUGGAGCAUGUUGAUGAACAGGAUGAAGCAUUACUUUAUCGAACCCUGGUGAUGGAUCUAGUAGCAUGGGAGGUCACGACGGGCUUUGUGCAGGAAAGUAUUGCGCCAGCGUUUCGCAACGUCGUUAAAUUGGAGGCGACGACGGCAUUCACCCUGUUUCAAGCCCUCCUGCCGAUCAGCAAGGCCAUUGAGGAAUGCUCGAAUGACAGCAAGGGUAAAUAAUCGUCUUACAUGGUGGACGGUCUUAGGACGACUUCCAGUUACUAGUAAUUACUUUGAUAAGCAACAUCGAACUUCUUGUUCUUGUUGUACACGACAAUAGAUCACCUCCGCGUGUGGCCAUUCUUGGCGUCUAUAAGCAUUGCAUUGUAGUGCGUAAAUUUUCUAUAUUAUAGGAUACAUAUGAUUAUAUAUAUGUGUCCCAGCGUAAAGUCGUGCUUUCCCUUCAUGCAACUGUCAGGAUUUUUUUUGUGUAGUCACUUCUUUCUACUAUUCUUGUUGAUCUACCAUGGAGAUUUCCUAUACAUUAUGUGUACAUAAUGAGGUACGGGUAUGCACCGCGGCGCGGCGUGGUUUCUGGUGCAUUCGCUACUGCUACCGUUACUGGAAAUGAUUCCGGCUGCCCUGGUAUUGUCGGAGAAGCUGAUUCAGGAUUGCUCGCUCUCGGCGAUGGUCUCGAUGGCGGAGGUAAUUGUCAGGAGGGGUAUGGCGAAUGAGUUCGAAAAGGAGAUGUCCUCAUCCUCAUGAGAGAUCAACGCUUUGACUCAUAUUAGAGUUAGAGAUGGAGUACCCCGCUAGUACAUUAUUUGGGUUUAUCCGCUGCUAUAUUUAACUCGUAUUUUGUUUCUCAGUCGUAGUGCCUCUGGAAUGAGAAAACGUGGAAUACUCUGAAUGACUAGCGGGACGAGGACGAUAUUGUCUAGACAGCAUUUUUGUUCUUGAGAACGAAGCAAGACUAUGGAAGUUUAACGUCUUUACGCUUAUCUCGCUUUUGGAAUAUUUUUUUUUUCAUUUGUGAAGAGCAGCGGUCGACCAACACGAGUUCUGUGGCUGCACGGUUGCAGAGGGCCCUCGCGGAGCAGGGAGAAAGUAUACGAGAAACCAGUCUGGGAUAUUUGGAGUUUGCCGAGAAAGUGC